ACCACAUAAAGGCAUUGCGUUGUAGACACCGUUAUACCCGCAACAUUCUUACUAUUUGCUUGCAUAUCUCCUAAUUUCUGACCCUUAAAUUCGGCAUAAAAUAAAAAAGAAUAAGAAAAGAAGAACACUCGGUUCGGUAUCGUUCGUCGUCAUUGUCGUAAAAAAAAAAAAGAAAAGAAAACAGCACAGUUGUGUCGCCGUUGCCGUCAUCAUCGUUGUCGUCAUUGUCUUCGUCAUCCUCUAACAUUCAGUUGUUCCGCUCUGCUUUGUCCCGUCCACGUGCCGAACGAACAACGUCCACCGUCGGAUGACAAGAUCGUCACGACAAAAUCGUCGCUCAUCAGGAGAAACGAACACGAACGAGAAGAGAAUCACGCAAACGCCGUGCACGAAGAUAAAUUUGCCGGGCAAAGCAGAGAAACGUUCUCCUGUUCUUCCGAUUUUAUGAUUUCGUUCGAACCCCGAUCUUGUGCUUUCCACUAUCUCGUUUUCCCGACCCGUCCCUGCCGCGAGGAGCGCUUCUUCGUGUCCCGAUUGUUCAUCCUCCGAUCGACUUGACGCGCCGCGAUAAUUCGGAGAUUCGAGUCGGUCGUGAAGAAAUCGAAAUAGAAUCGACGGUGUUCUCACGUGAUAACGCGAAAGCGAAGCAGAAAACGAAGGAGCGGUCGAGAGUUGAACGUGUUAGCGAAAGAAUGGUAGCGUGAGCAACGAAAACGUCAGCUGGAAGAUCAUUUGAUCGGCAGAAGAGACACCGGCAAAGCGAGAGAGAGAGAGAGAGGGACAUAUAGGAGAACGAUCCUGCUGGUCGGGGGUGGGAGUGAAAGAGAGACACUGGGUGUUUACCGCGCGCGCGAGAUUUGUUUAUUUCCUCUGUCGCGAGUUAUUUAUGUCAAGUGCUCGCGGAAAUCCAAUCGUCAAAUCCUUGAGGGACGCGUUUCCGGGAUUCCCGAUGAUCGCAAAUCAGCUUCCACAUUGAUCGCACCAUUGUCGAUUCGGAUGUUCCAAACCGUGUCGUGAUAAAUAAAUUUGUUUAAAGAAAAGAAAAAGUUAGUACAAAAAUACGGGAAACACGCACACCGCGUUACCGUUUUAAAUCGAAGUCGAGAUACGUACGAGAGAAUAAUAAGUAUCGAGAGAGGGACAAGCAUAUAAUAGAAAGAAAUAAAAGUAAUUAAGUAAAAUCCACCGCCGUUCCGUUCUGCGCCCAGAUAUCGGCAUCCUCCAACCACUGAUUUUCAUCGUUAACCGAUUUCGUACAUAGUUAGGGACGACGACUCGUUAGAGGAUUGCAAUGAUGGCGAACGGAAUGGACACAGUCGUACAACAAAACGGAGGAUCGACCCUCGGACAGACCUCGCAGGAGGAGUCGAAGACAAAUCUCAUCGUAAACUAUUUGCCGCAGAGCAUGACACAGGAUGAGAUUCGUUCUCUGUUCUCCAGCAUAGGCGAGGUCGAGAGCUGCAAGCUAAUCCGUGAUAAGCUCAGCGGUCAGAGUUUGGGUUACGGUUUCGUCAACUAUCACCGGCCUGAAGAUGCCGAAAAGGCUAUAAACACGCUCAAUGGUCUUCGUUUACAGAACAAAACCAUCAAGGUAUCGUACGCGAGACCGAGCAGCGAGGCGAUCAAAGGCGCGAAUCUGUAUGUCAGCGGCUUGCCGAAAAAUAUGGCGCAGCAGGAUCUGGAGAAUCUCUUCAGUCCUUACGGCAGAAUUAUCACGUCGCGGAUACUGUGCGACAACAUCACCGUACGACAGUUUGUGACCGGCGGCGGAGACAAUUUGCCCGGCCUGUCGAAGGGCGUGGGCUUCAUAAGGUUCGAUCAGCGCGUCGAGGCCGAGCGGGCGAUCCAAGAGCUGAACGGCACCAUACCGAAGGGCUCAUCCGAGCCAAUCACCGUCAAGUUCGCCAACAAUCCAAGCAACAACAACAAAGCGAUACCGCCGUUGGCCGCCUAUCUCGCACCACAGGCCACGCGACGCUUCGGCGGGCCGAUCCACCAUCCGACCGGCCGCUUCAGGUACAUUCCACUGUCGCCACUAUCCAGCACUGGCAAGGCCAUGCUUGCCAUUAACAAAGGCUUACAGAGUAGGUACAGUCCGCUGGCGGGUGACCUCCUCGCGAAUUCUAUGCUGCCCGGUAACACGAUGAACGGCGCCGGCUGGUGCAUCUUCGUGUACAACCUUGCGCCCGAGACCGAGGAGAACGUGCUUUGGCAGCUGUUCGGGCCGUUCGGCGCCGUCCAGUCGGUCAAGGUCAUACGCGACCUGCAGACGAACAAGUGCAAGGGCUUCGGCUUCGUGACGAUGACCAACUACGAGGAGGCGGUGGUAGCCAUACAGAGUCUGAACGGCUACACCCUGGGCAACCGCGUGCUCCAGGUCAGCUUCAAGACGAACAAGAGCAAGGCGGCGUAGGACGAGCAACAGGCGGCAGCGGCGGCGGUGGCCGCGGCUGCGGCUGCGGCCGCGGCGGCGGACGCGGCGGCGGUAGCGGCGCCC